ACUAGGAUGACUAUUUGUUUCGUCUUUGGUUGUAACCACCAAGGGUUACAGAAAUCUUGUAAAAUGUUUAGAUUCCCACCGAAUCAAGCGUUGGCAAGGAGAUGGGAGAGACUCUGCAGACGCAAGGAUAGAUGUGUGAAUCCUAAUAUGGACAGGAUUUGCAGUUGCCAUUUCAAAGACGGCAUAAAGGAGAAUGGCCCUACACAGUUUCCCUGGAGUUCCGGGUUUGAUUUUCCAGACCCAAAUAAAAUUUCAAGAACUGUAAAAUCUGAGGAAGAAUAUGACAGUCAGAAGCAGUGUGUGAACACAGAUGAAAGCAGUACCUCUUCUGAUACAUGUGUCCCUGUGCUUCCUCCACAUGUAACUGACCACCCAUACCAGCUUUCAUUUCAACGGUUAACUGAGGAGCACAAGAAUUUGAAACUGCAAGUAAAAGAAUUAACAAGGCAGAUUCAGGCGAUGUCUACGAAAAGAGCUUUUACUUUGGAGGACAUAAUAGGAGAUGAAAGAAAGAUACGUUUCACACUAAAUAUCACUCAAUGUUUAGAAACAACUGCAAAUGCUGAUGUAUACAAGAGUCUAAGACCAGACAUGUUUCAAGCUAUUGACGAAAUGAUGUGCAGAUUCACCAUCAAGUACAUCGAUGGAUGGACACCUUCAUUUAUUUCACAAAGUGAUCAACUGCUUAUGACCCUCAUGAAACUUACCAUGAACAUGCCACUCUUAGAUCUUGCCGAGAGGUUCAACACAAGUGCAUCCUCAGUGAACAAUAUUGUAACUUCACAAAUCUGUGCAAUGCUUGAAGUUUUGUAUGAGGGGUUAAUAGAAAAUAACAUUCCGACUUUGCAAAAAUGCAAAGGCUCAAUGCCAACAAGUUUUGGCGAUUUCAGUGCAUGUCGCAUUGUGCUUGAUGCCACUGAAAUUACACAGGAUGUUCCUGGUAAUGACAUGAGGCUACAAGCUAGUACCUACAGUGGGUAUAAAAAUUCCCACACAGUUAAAAGUGUCACUGGUGUUGCCCCAAAUGGUGCACUAGUUUUUGCAAGUAAAUUGUAUCCAGGAAGUACUUCAGAUGUAGCGAUUAUUGAGCAUUGUGGACUUAUGCAUCAACUGUCUCCUGGUGAUAUGAUUCUUGCAGAUAAAGGGUUCACAACACAUAAACUCUUGCCACAAGGUGUGCAUCUUAAUAUACCACCCUUUUUGACAGCUAAGUCUCAGUACACCCCUGCUGAAGUCAAGUUCUGUAGAAAAAUUGCAAGAUCUAGAAUUCACGUUGAACGUGCUAAUGAAAGAAUAAAAAAUUAUAAAAUACUGAGACACAUCCCACACCAGCUCAGAUAUAUAAGUACAAAAAUCUUCCAGUUAUGUUGUGUGUUGGUAAAUUUCCAAGACCCUUUGUUGCAGGAAAUUGCUCAGAAUUUUGUACCAGAAAAUAACUGA